AUGUCUGCCCUCUUCUUGUCGAACGCGUACACGGGGGCGACCUUGUGCAGGCGGUACGGCGAGCUCUGGCGGUGGGACGAGUGGUUGCUCCGCCGAGCGAUCAUUCCCGCUUCGCGGUUAUGCGUGCACAAGCAGGGUGGCGAUGCGUCAAUAUGGACUCUCCUGGAUAAGUACCACUCAUGCAGCUCGCACUGGCCACCCACGUUCCGUUCUGCGCAGCGCUCGACCAUCACUGUCUUGCACCUCCACACGUUCGUCCUCCGGGCGCAUGCAUUGCAAGCCGAAGCGGUCAUCCGGACGUCCCGAGACGGCGCGGAGAAGGCGCACAGGUGGAUCAGCGCUGCGCGCUCGGUGGAGUACCGCACGAUCCUGACUGCCAGCACGCAGUUUCCCAAGGCCGGCGAGCGGAACAUCCAGGCUGACGACCUAGCGACCUCAGCGUCGCAGUGUUGCCUCGCUACCUCCGCCCCCAGCUCUCUCAAGGCUGCCGUCGCACCCGCAGACGGCCAGUUUGAUGAUUCCGGUCUCUUCGUCGCCGACAAGGCGACCCACGAGUCCGCAGCAACGACCCUCGCUGCGCUCGCCCAAAAGGAUGGCCCCAAGGCCCUCCAGUCUGUCGGCUUCAACGAUGCUGCUAUCAAGGCCCUCAGCGACAAGAAGUCGCCCGCGGCGCGUGAGGGUGCAGCGAACGCCGUCGCUGUGAUCACCAAGUCCGACGCUGUGAAGGCUCUCGAGCCCCUUUUCAUUGACUCCGGACUCUACGCUGCUCUGCUCGAAUGCUUCGCCGACAAGAUGCCCGCUGUGCGCACGGCCGCCAUCGAGGCAGUGAAGGCGUACGUUGUGGGUAUGAACACUUGGGGUGCAGCGCUUAUCAAGACGGUCGGCAAGUGGCAGGUCAAGACCGGCUCGCUCACUGUCCUCAACCAGCUUGUUACAAGCGCGCCUCUUCAGACUGCGCGUCUCACCCCAGAGAUCGUCCCCAUCCUCGCUGAGGCGAUCUGGGACACGAAGGCUGACGUGAAGAAGGCUGCGAAGGAUUCGCUUGAGAGGGCCACGGCUCUAGUUUCCAACAAGGAUAUAGAACGCUUCAUUCCUGCACUCAUCAAGGCUCUGAUCAACCCCGUUGAGGAGGUUCCCAAGACCAUCAACCUCCUCUCGGCCACCACAUUCGUUUCGGAGGUAGACUCCGCUACGCUCUCACUCAUGGUCCCUCUGCUUUCUCGCGGUCUUAGUGAGAAGCCUACUGCUACUAAGCGCAGGGUCGCCGUAAUCAUCGACAACAUGGCUAAGCUCGUAGACUCCGCUGUCACCGUUCGUCCCUUCAUCCCGAAGCUGCUCCCGGGACUUCUUAAAGUCGAGACGACCAUCGGUGACCGCGAGGCUCGCAGCGUCGUUGGCCGUGCUGUCGCCACCCUCCGUCAAGUCGGUGACGUCCCCGCCGACAACGACGGUUCUGAUUUCCCGCCCUUGAAGAAGGCGGACGAGAAGCAGCUCGCGCAUUCCCUCCUCGGUCUCUACAAGAAGGCUGGCGCUGAGGCCCCUUCUGCGGGCUCCAUCGACGUCAUGUACGCCAGCAACCUUGCUGCCAACCCCGUCAACGCGAAGAACUUCGACGUGUCGGAGUGGCAAUCGCUUGCGCCUUACCUCGCGUUCGUCACGACGACGCCUGAGCCCAUCGUGAUCGUCAACGAGUGGGUUGUCAAGUCUGCAUCUCUGGAGGAUGAGGACACCGAAGUCCCUGAGGAUGAGGAGGAGGGCGAGGAUCUUUGCAACUGCCAAUUCUCGCUCGCCUACGGUGCUAAGAUCCUGCUGAACACUGCGACUCUCCGUCUCAAGCGUGGUCACCGCUAUGGUCUGUGCGGUCGCAAUGGUACCGGCAAGUCCACUCUCAUGCGUGCCAUCACCAACGGCCAAGUUGAGGGCUUCCCGUCGCCGGAUGAGGUCCGAACCUUCUACGUCGAGCACGAUAUCGACGGUAGCGAGGCCGAGACGGCCAUCCUCGAAUUCAUCCUUUCCGACACACGUAUCCAGGCUGGCGAGCAGGAGGUUAUCGAGACGCUCGCGUCCGUAGGCUUCAGCGACGAGAGGCAGAAGCAGGCGAUUGGCAGUCUGUCUGGUGGCUGGAAGAUGAAGCUCGCUCUCGCGCGCGCGAUGUUGUUCAAGGCUGACAUUCUGCUCCUCGAUGAGCCAACUAACCACUUGGACGUUGUCAACGUCGCGUGGCUCGAGAACUACCUCACCGGCCUUACGACUUGCACGUCCAUCAUCGUCUCGCACGACUCUGGCUUCCUCAACAACACCAUCACCGACGUCCUCCAUCUCAACCGCUUCAAGCUCAGGAGGUACAGGGGCAACCUUGAGUCCUUCAUGAAGCAGGUUCCUGAGGCGCGCUCGUACUACACGCUCGAGGCGCAGGAGGACUACCAGUUCAAGCUGCCCGACCCGCCCCUUCUCGAGGGUGUCAAGACCAAGGAGAAGUCGCUUCUCAAGAUGCGCAAGGUCGGCUACCCACAGCUGUACGACAUCACGCUCCAAGUCUCGCUCUCUUCUCGUGUCGCCGUCCUCGGUCCCAACGGAUCCGGCAAGUCGACGCUCGUCAAGUUGCUCAUUGGCGAUCUCGAGCCCAACAGAGGCGGUGAGACCUGGAAGCACCCGAACUUGGUCAUCGGCUACGUCGCGCAGCACGCUUUCCACCAUCUCGAUAAUCAUUUCGACAAGACGCCGCUGGAGUACAUGCUGUGGCGUUACGGUGAGGACUUGGAGGAGAUGAUGAAGGCGAAUCGACAGAUUUCAAAAGAGGAGCAGCAGAAGAUGAAGGAGGGCACUGUCGUCGUCGUCGAGGGCCAGAAGCGCUUGAUUGACGAGAUCGUGGCGCGCAAGAAGCUCAAGCAGUCGUACGAGUACGAGGCGUCGCUCAAGGCCCUCUCCUCGUCAGAGAACAUCUGGCUGCCGCGUGACGAGCUGAUCAAGCGUGGCUUCGAGAAGAAGGUCCUCGAGGUCGACACCCGUGAGGCGCAGCACCUCGGUCUGCUCCCCCCUUCGUUCGCCGAGUUCGUGUCGCACAACUCGAUGUGCGGUCUCUCCGGUGGUCUGAUGGUGAAGGUUGUGCUCGGCGCUGCAAUGUGGCGUCGCCCGCACGUCAUCUGCCUGGGCGAGCCGACGAACUACGUCGACCGCUUCCGCGAAUUCGACGGUCGAUGUCCUUGA